GAGACAGUGAAACGGGUUUUCAAUUUGACAGCUUUGAAUUAUUACCCUCGCGGAGGGAGGCUGGAGGUGCACUAUAUUUUUGUUUCCACACUUACUGUAGGCUAGAACGGGAAAGAGCGGGCCUCUAUAUUUUGGUGGCCAAGCAACAGACAAACGCAAGCUACACUACUUUAUGCAUUACCUAAAAUCUAUCCGCAUACUAUAAUCACCCACUUAUCUCGCCACCCUGGACAUAAGCGAGCUAUAAGCUGAAAACUGCAUAAAGCUCCAAAACAGAACGCCAACAAUCAUCAUCAUCAUCUUCUUCUCACCUAAUAAUACAUUGAAUAUAUUCAAUUUAUAAAAUUAAGUUGAGUCAAAUUUAUAAAAUUUGAGUUGAAAUAUUUCAAAAUUAUGAUACUCUUGCAGGAUUUCUUUACUUGACCAUUUUCUAUGUUAGGUUUGUAUAAACGAAUUUCGUUAUAUCAUUAGAUUAUUCAAAGUGAUCGAAAAUGGUAAAUAUUAUAGAUUUUCCUAAAGAAAUAAUGGAUAAAAUUUUUGCUUAUUAUAUUGCUACUGAAAAGCAAAGUAAUUUUUAUUUAUGCAUCUCUAAAGUUUGUGAGGAAUGGAAUAGCAUUUGUAAAGACUACAUCUUUUGGCGAAAAUUUGAUGGUUCGUUGUCAGAAGAUUAUUUAUAUCAACUUUGUAAAAGUGGUUAUUUGUCGAAAACAGAAGAACUCGUAUAUAGUUUAUCCAAAAAGAAAUUCUCUGCAGAAGCAUUAACCAUUUUUCAAUACCUGCCAAACUUAAAGAGAAUUGAUUUCUCAAAAGUGCGUCAUUUGGAUGAAUCAACUAUUACAUACGUUGCAAUACAUUGUAAAAUGUUGCGUGAAAUAAAAUUUUCUCAAGAAGAUUACAGUUUCGAACUUCAGAAAUUAGGUUACAACAUUAAAAAGCGACAUGACAUGAUAUUUCAAAUGUAUAAAAUUUCUCCUGAAAUGUUAAAUGAUUUUCUGACAAUCCGGGGUCAGAAUAUGAUAGUUAUUGACUUAUCACAUUCCGAAAUUGCAUCAUUUACCAAACUGUUAGUUUUAAUUGCAGAUUGUUGCCAUAAUCUUGAAAAACUCUUUAUUGAAAACAUCAAACAUGCUGGAAAAUCUACAUUUCCUAUUGAUGUUGUUCAGAAAAACUGUAGGAAGAUAAAAGAUCUACGGUUAAGUUUUCCUGUUACUUUUUCCCAACAUCAGAUAAAAUCCCUUUCAGGUUUUCCUCAUCUGGAAACAUUUUCUCUUCCAAAUAAUGCAGAAGGUAGUUUCACAGACAAAGAUUUAAACAAUAUUUUAUUUGAUUCCCAAAGUUUAAAAACUUUAGAUAUAAGAGGUUGUAAAUCUAUCUCUAUUUAUGGUGUAUUAUCUCUGCCUGCCACCCAGUUAGAAAAUUUAUAUUUAUCUGGAACUCAACUUCACUUAACUUUAAGGUUGAGGGAUAUAUUGACUACACGGGUCAAAAGCCUUCGUACUCUUGAUGUUUCAAGAACAAGUUCAGACUCCAUUAACCAAGUUUUAAGUUCACUUGUUUUAGAAGAUAGAAUGGUUGAAUUAGAAUAUUUAGAUGUAAGUAACACAAGAAUAAAUGAAAAGACAGUGUGUAUUAUAUUAGAAAAUUGUAAUAAGCUUACAUCCUUGAACUUGACUUCCUGUCGUAGUAUGGGACGGGGUUUUAAUCAAAAUUAUCUUGGUAGAGCUAAAAUUAAAAAGUUGCAUAGAGAUUUGAUUUUACUUAACUCAAUUGAUCCAUUUGAUUGACAACUUUUAAAAUGAAUUUUUUUUAAUCCAACAUUUUGUAAAAUUUUUAAUUAUUUUUAGGUUAUCAUUUUUCAAAACUUUUCCAGUUUCUUAUGGAUAUAAUAUUAAAUUAUUAAACAGAUAUAAUUUCCUGUUUUCAAAAUUUAUGUAAUUGAUGAUUUAAACAAGUUAUGUCAGCAGUUUUUGCAUUUGAUGCAGUUAUUUAAACAGAAAUCUUUUUUUCAUAAAAAACAUGUUGAUGUUUGCCUGGGGGUGACUAGGAGUUGGUCCCUUUUCAGGAUGUUUUUUUUUUUUUUUAGUUUCUCAUGGAUCAUUGUUCGGAAAUUACCAAGACUUGGCAAUUAUUCUGCUACAGAUCACACUACAGAAAUCUCCUAUUUUUAGUAGUCUAAUUGAAUCCAACGCUGUUACAACAUGAUAUAGUUGUUUCUUUUUAAGAAUUAAUGUUUUCCUUUAUCAAAACAAGUUGCCAAGUAUUGAAUUCCAGUAAAGCCAUAAAACUGUAGCCUUUUUUUAAUAUUUCUCUGAUUUAUAUCCUAAAAGAUAGCACAAAUUAAACUUCUGCCUGACGCGUUUAACUCAAAAGUUUUCAUGUUUUAGCAUGGAAGCAUAUUUGUAUAAUUUGAUAACAAAUUGAAACAGAACUAUAUUCAGUCGCAGAUGAUUACUUAAAUCCUAUACUGCAAUGGUCUUUUCUUAAUAUGCAAUGGAGUAUAAAAUUGUGUCAAUUCUGAUAUUUACAAUUUUUCUUUGUUAUUUUCAGCAGGAUUAACAAUUUUUUGAAUUUUGUUACUUUUUGGUUGUAAUCUUGGAUAAAAACAAAAUAACCAAUUUUUUAUCAAAUUACUUUACUUGUGUGUAGCUUUGUUAAAUAAACUAAUUAAAGUAUUUUAUUUAAAUAAAUAUAGUGACAAAUUUACCAAACAAUUUAUGGUUCUAAUGCUGUAACAGAUUCAUCUGAUGUUUGAAAUUAGAUUUUUCAAAUUAGAGUUGUUAUUUUUUUUAUUAUUUGUUUUCAAUUUUGGAAAUUUUCUUUUUAACUAAUUAUAUGAAUGAAAGAUUACAUUAUGCUACAAAUACUGAACUCGUGCUGAUUAAAAAACCAGUAGAACAAUAUAGUGGCAAUGAAAUGCUGGUACCAGAAGCAAGCAAAAGAGCAGAG